AUGUCUGCUGAGGGCGACAUGGAGGGGGUCGCGUACGACGACACGCUUGGAGAGACGCUGGACCCGGACGAGGAAGAGGAGGACCUGGCUUCUUAUCUUGUGCCGCGCUUGGCUACAUACGCGCCGUCCACCUCACCGCUUUCGUCAUCACUGGCGUCGCAGGUCGGCGAAGCCGACGGCGCCGCUGAGGAGGACCAUGCUCUGCCCCUAUCCAGGCAGCGUGACGGCAGCGGAAGUCAGGUGUGGGACAGUGGCGAGCGGUCCGCCGCACACGCCCUCGAGGACGACACAGCGGAAAGUGUCGCAGUGCGUGCGAGUCACGGUCUGCCUGCGCACUCGUCUGCCUCUGCCGACGAAGAGGCACAGGCGAACGCCGGCAGCGGUGUAGACCCAUUUCUAACGGAAAUGGAUGCCGAGGAUGUCGACGACUGGCACGAAGAGGACGAAAAUGACGUUGACGAGAACGACGAGGAAGCGACUGACAGCACUGAUGCCCCGCCACAGACGCGCCCCGGCACGCGCUGCGGUGGCGCGAGCGACGUUCCCGACUAUGUGAACGCCUUCGCGCACAGCCGUGUAAAGGAGCUGCUCAAGUACGAGGGCAGCUCCUCCAUCAUCUCAAAGGAUGCGAUAUCGGCGGUAUCUGAGGCGGUGGCGCUCCUGACGCGUGAUCUUGUCGCUACGGCUGCGGGAGAAGCAACCAGGCGGCAUCGCAAGACCGUCACCUAUGAGGAUAUCGCCCGCGUGGCGCAGUUGCUCGACCGCUUUUCUUUCUUGGCGGAGGUGGUGCCGCCGGUGGCCGCCUUUUCCUCCAACGCGCUCGGUGCUGGAAGCUCAAUCGUGGUUGGCAGCAGCGUACACUCGGCCGCGACCCCGAGCAGUAGUCGCGGCACGAAGCGACACGGAGAACCGCUCGUGCGUAGUCGAUCUGCGCACGGACGCCCAGGCAAGGAUGCGCUGCAGACCCUCGGCGAAUCGCCGCCGGCGGCGACGCGGUCCAAGACGGCGCACGUGCGCGUGUUCGGUGCAGCCGCGCACCGAUCGACUGUUCACCCGCAGCCUGGGGCUGGGUUGCGUCAGGCAACCCUGCGUUUUUGA